AAGAAUGUGCAAGACACUUGGGUCUCUAGAGUAAAGCUGGAUCAGUGACUGGUGUUGUAGCAAUCAAUGCAUACCCUGAUGAUGUGGAGGGCUCUCAUCUUUCUAAUUCUUACAUUCUCAUCAGGAGCACUUUCACAAUCAAAAACACGCAUUGCACAUUAUCGUUCAUGGAAUUCACAGAUGUAUCCAGUUUGGAGAGAUGGAGAUCCCAGAUACAGAGACUGUUGGAAAGGUGGAGAGGUGACAUUUGAAGUCAGAAGUGAUUCUCCUACACUGACAGGAGCCAAAGCUACUUUCAACAUUGAUGUUGGCUUCCCUCAGAACCAGACAGUACUUCCUGAUGGACAGGUGGUGUGGGCAAGAAACUGUACAAUUAAUGGAACAUCCUAUACUAUGGGCCAGACUGUAUACCCCGAGCCCAACAUCCCUCAAGAAUGGACAGGUGUCUUUCCUGACAGGACACCCUUCACUAAGGUCUCUAACAAAAAGCCCCGCUUCAUCUAUGUAUGGAAAACAUGGGGAAAAUAUUGGCAGGUGGCUGAUGGUCCCUCCUCUCUACUGACCAUUGAAACAGACAAUAUGCCUCUUGGUUCUUACACAAUGGAUAUAGUAAUUUAUCACUGCCGUGGCAAAGACAAGUUUGUUCCCCUUGGUUAUGCAUCUACCCAGUUCUCCAUCACUGACCAGAUUCCUUUUACAGUGACAUUAUCUCAGGUUGGUGACAUCAAUCAGGGUGACCAAAGCUUUAUCCAGAACAGAGCUGUGUCCUUUGGCAUUAAUUUGCAUGACCCUAGCCAUUAUCUCAGUGGGUCAGACAUCACCUUCAACUGGGAUUUUGGUGACAAUAGUGGAACUCUCAUUUCCCGGGAAACUACUGUUACCCACACAUACCUUACAACUGGUUCCUUCAGGCCACAGGUGGUUUUGAUGGCAGCAAUCUCAACUGGUUGUCAGCUCAGUCCAACUCCAGCAGCCACUGUUGUACCUCCUGUUCCUGUCACAGAUGAAACUACAGCAGUGGAAAACAUUGUGCUGACUGUUUCUCCUCAGUCGGUUGAUGUUGCGCCCACGGCAGAGGAAGGAGUUGCAGCUGAUGUCACUAUCGUUGCCAAUGACUUGGCAGUGUCAGCAAUUGACACAGAAGCAGAAUUAGAUGAUACUGACCAGGAGGUGCCCACUGUUGCUGGAGACACAGCUGUGGCUGAAGCUGACAAUACUGCUGCAGUUAUGUUAGCCACACCUACGGCUGUUGAGGCUGAACCUGCGACAGAAGUUCCUGUGGCUGACAUGGCCCCAGAAGGAGACGAGAUUAUAAUCAAUUUGGCAGCCACAGUACUCCCAAAACCCGUAGCACCAACUGGUGAUGCAGUAAUCAUUAUCACCUCUGAGGCAGUGGUCACAGAUAUUGUAGCAUCUGUUUUACCUGCAAUAGAAGACAUAGAAGCAGUUAAUGAGACUGUUGCUGGGGUCAACGAGGCAGCCAAAACCAUCACUGGCUUAACUAGCAUAUCUGAGGCAACAGUGAGUGAAUUAGAAGCUGAACUGGUGGCAGGAACUGAAGCAACCCAGGCCGCUCUAGUCAUUGCAAAGCGGCAAGCACCAGAAAUGCCAGCAGAAACAAACUGUAUGAUUUAUCGUUAUGGCUCCUUCUCUACAACUCUUACAGUAGUCCAGGGAAUAGAGAGUGUUGAGAUUGUGGAGGUAAAUAAUGUGGUCAUUCUGGCCACAGACCUGGAGCAGAAUGCUGUAGAUCUUACAGUCACAUGCCAGGGAAGCCUGCCAAAUCAAGUCUGCACUGUGGUAUCUGAUGCAGACUGCACAAGCCCUGUUCAGGCCCUACAGUGUAAUGCUGUGACUCCAACCUCUGAGUGUCAGAUGGUGCUGCGACAAUUUUUCAACAACUCUGGCACCUUCUGUAUCAACGUCUCUCUAACCAAUGAUGUCAGCUUGGCAGUAACCAGUGCAAAGCUCAGUGUGGCUAUAGACACAAAUUCAUCAAGGAACAUGGCUGGAGCAACACUGGGAGUCCUGGUUUUUAUUUGUGCUGUGGGGGCCAUUGCAUUUAUAUACAAGCGAUUUAAGGAGUACCAUCCACUGAGAGAUUAUAAUGCAAGCAGCAGUUUCAGCUCUGGAAGAAGCUCAGUGCCUUUAAUGCUGUGGAACCUUCUGAGCCGGAGAUCCACUGCAGAGAGCCGCCCCCUCCUGCUUGGGCGAGUGGUGUGAAAAGCUGUCCACUUCUGCUUUAAGGCAUAUUGCAUAGUCUGUACAAUCUCUCAAUAAUUAAAUAAUAAUUAAAUAUGUACAAUGAGGGAAAAUGUGUUUUAUUGUAUGUGGCAGUUGCUGAAUAAUUACAGAGUAUAUUGUGUGUCAUCAUAAAAAGUUGCAGAUAUUUCCUGUCAGUGGUUAGGUUUUCUUGGGUUGCAAUAAUCUGACUUUUUCUCCUUCGGUUAUUUGUUUUGUCCCUAGGUGUCAAUCUAGAGAUAUAGGGUUGUAACUUUAACUAUGAAAGAUAUAGUGCAGUGCACAGGACAAUGCAAAGUGGUGAAAAAGCAAGUAGUUUACUUACAUUAUUUACAGAAGGUGGGAAUAAAAAGUACAAAAGGGGUACAAAAUGUAAAAGAAAAAACGAAUCUACACUCUUUAACAAAAAUCAAAGUACAAAGUACCUUACCUAACAUUUAUGUGGAUCCGAUAUGUGAAGCAUCUUCAGUUAUGUAAAUGUAAUCAUUCUAUAAGCAACCCAAGUAAACUGCUUGAUAGGAAUAUUGUUUUAUUUAAAAUCAUCAGAUAAUAGUCAGGUUAUUACAGACCACAAAAACAUUGUCAGCUGUUCUUCAAAUAAUCUAUUUAACUAAAAGCAAAUGUUUCAAGAAAAACCUUGCACCUUUUCAACAUUUAUGCAACAUUAAGAAGCUUUAUGAAGUAAAUUUAUAUUUACAUUAAAUUUAGACAUUUACAUUUAGUCAUUUA